UUACUUAUUCCUCUCUCUCUCCCCCAUUUCUCAAAUAUCUUUGAGAUUCUCUCUUCCCUAUUCGUAACAACCAACCACUUCUCCACCCUCAUCGCACCGCCGUAAACGCUGCUUUGAUAAUGUCGUUCGAUCUACUUCUCUUCCCGUACUUCAUCCUCUUUCUCAUUCUCUCCGACUUCGCGUAUUCUCAAACAUUACCAAAACAAGAAGUGGAUGCUUUAAGAGCCGUAGCGACGGCGUUGAAGAAGAGUAACUGGAAAUUCAAUGUCGAUCCAUGCGAUGUCACUUCUGAUGGUGGUUGGAGAAACCUUAACGCAGACACAGGAUUUGAAGACGCCGUUACUUGUAACUGCUCCUCCACCAUUUGCCACGUCACCAGCGUAGUUCUCAAGGCACAAGACCUCCAAGGAUCUCUUCCUAAAGAGUUAGCUGUACUUCCUUUUCUGCAAGAGAUUGAUCUGACUAGAAACUAUCUCAACGGUUCUAUUCCUCCCGAAUGGGGAACCUUACCACUUGUAAGCAUCUCACUGCUUGGAAACCGGAUAAGUGGUCCAAUCCCAAAAGAGAUUGGAAAUAUUACAACUCUUACAAGCCUUGUUUUGGAAUUCAAUCAGAUCUCAGGGAAGUUACCUCCAGAGCUCGGGAAUCUACAGAAAAUUGAAAGAAUACUUCUUAGCUCGAACUACUUGACCGGGGACAUCCCAAGUACAUUUUCAAAACUUACUACGUUAACUGAUUUCCGUAUAAGUGACAACCAGUUUAUUGGAAUUAUACCAGAUUUCAUCGAGAACUGGACAGAACUUGAAAAACUUGUUAUUCAAGCAAGUGGUUUAGUUGGAACGAUUCCUACUGCCAUUGGUCCUCUUCGGAAAUUAACUGACUUGAGAAUCAGUGACUUGAACGGACCUGGUUCUCCAUUUCCACCACUACAAAACAUGACAUCCAUGAAGACAUUGAUUCUUAGGAACUCCAAUCUUACAGGAGAAUUACCUGCUUAUCUUGGAUCAAUCAUAAAGUUAAAGCUCUUAGAUCUUAGCUUUAACAAACUAAGUGGACCAAUCCCAGCAACAUAUAGCGCUCUUUCGAAUGUAGAUAACAUAUAUUUUACAAGCAACAUGUUAAGUGGGGAAGUACCAAGUUGGAUGGUAGACAAAGGAGACAAGAUUGAUCUUACUUACAAUAACUUCUCCAAAGAUCCAAGAACUGCAGAAUGUCAGAAGAACGAUGUGAAUAUGUUUUCAAGCACAAGCCCUUUAGUGGCAAAUAACUACUCAAACGUUUCUUGUCUGAGUAACUAUAUAUGUCCAAAGCUAUUCUGGGGCCUUUAUAUAAACUGUGGUGGUGAUGAACUAACAAUCGACGGGACUAAGUAUGAUGCUGAUACAUCAGAUAGACCAUUCUAUGACAGUAGAAACGGUUGGGUUUCUAGCAACACCGGGAACUUCUUGGAUGAUGAUCGGUCUCCCAAAGGAGCAACCUGGACAAAUAAAACAGAGCUUAAGAUAGCAGAGCCUAUGCUUUAUACACAUGCCCGUCUCUCGGCCAUUUCCCUCACUUACUAUGCAUUUUGUCUUGGAAAUGGAAGCUACACAGUUAAUCUUCAUUUCGCUGAAAUUAUGUUCAGUGACAAUAAAAUCUAUAGCAGUUUGGGGAGACGAUUCUUCGACAUAUACGUUCAGGGUAAACUUGAGGUUAAGGAUUUUGAUAUUGUGAAUGAGGCAAAAGGUAUUGGAAGAGAUGUGGUUAAGAGUUAUCAAGUUAUGAUAACAAAUGGGACAUUGGAAAUAAGAUUGUUUUGGGCUGGUAAAGGAACUCAAGCUAUUCCUAAAAGAGGUUCAUAUGGUGCUCUCAUAUCAGCUGUAGCAGUAAAGCCAAAUUUCAUUCCACCAAAGGAAGCUGGCAGUGGAACUGGAGGUGGAAGCUCUAUUGGCAUAAUAGUUGGUGCUGUAGUCGCUUCAACGGUAUUUCUUGUGCUUUUAAUCGGAGGUAUUUUAUGGUGGGGAGGUUGCUUGAGACCCAAGAGUCAGAUGGAGAAAGAUUUCAAGAACUUGGAUUUCCAGAUUAGUUCCUUCUCCUUGAAGCAAAUCAAAGUUGCUACAGACAACUUUGAUCCUGCAAACAAGAUAGGAGAAGGUGGCUUUGGUCCUGUACACAAGGGAAAGUUACCUGAUGGAACCGUGAUCGCGGUGAAGCAACUAUCAUCUAAAUCAAAGCAAGGGAACAGAGAGUUCUUGAACGAGAUUGCUAUGAUCUCUGCUCUACAACAUCCACAUUUGGUCAAACUAUAUGGAUGUUGCGUUGAAGGUGACCAGCUCUUGCUAGUCUACGAGUACUUAGAAAACAACAGUCUCGCAAGAGCACUUUUCGGUCCUCAAGAGACUCAAAUACGACUAGAUUGGCCAACGAGGCAGAAGAUUUGCGUCGGAAUAGCUAGAGGUUUAGCUUACCUCCACGAGGAAUCAAGACUCAAGAUUGUACACAGAGACAUCAAAGCCACUAAUGUCUUGCUGGACAAGGAACUAAACCCGAAGAUUUCGGAUUUUGGUCUUGCUAAGCUUGAUGAAGACGAAAACACACACAUGAGCACACGAGUCGCAGGAACAUACGGAUACAUGGCUCCAGAGUAUGCAAUGAGAGGUCAUUUGACAGACAAAGCAGACGUCUACAGCUUCGGCGUCGUGGCUCUUGAAAUAGUUCAUGGAAGAAGCAACACGAGCGCACAAUCCAAGGCCGAGACCUUCUACCUCCUUGAUUGGGUACACGUUCUAAGGGAGCAAAACAAGCUGAUGGAAGUAGUAGACGCGAGGCUUGGAACAGAUUACAACAGAGAAGAAGCAAUGACGAUGAUCCAGAUAGGGAUCCUCUGCACCAGUCAAGUUCCGACGGACAGACCGUCUAUGUCGACUGUGGUAAGCUUGCUCGAAGGACACUCCACGGUGGAUGUUGAGAAGCUUCUCGAAGCUUCUUUCAACAGAGGAAACGAGAAAGACGAAGAGAGCAUGAGGGCGAUGAAGAAGCAUUACGCGAUGAUAGGUGGAGAGGAUAUGACGGAUGUGACGGAGCAUACUACAUUAAUCACCGACGGACCAUUCACGUCGUCUUCUACGUCCACGACCAACGCCGGUGAUCUUUACCCUCUUAAGCUUGAUUCUGCUUAUUGGAACUCGAGAGUUUGAUUAUGGAUUAUGUUUUUGCAAGAAUCAAAACAAAAAUUAAAUUACGGAGGAAGUAAUUAUGACUCUCUGAAAAUUCUUUGUCAAAAAAAGAAGUAAUUAUGACUCUCUUUGUAUUGCUAUUUGUAAAGUUUUCUUUUAAUGUUUGAACUA